UAGGCCUCUGGGGCAUUGGGCAUGUGAUGACCCCCCGUCAGUGCCCAGGUGAGCGGUGCUGGCCAUGGACAGCCCUUUCGGCCUCCGUCCUCUUGUGGCAAGCACCAAGAAGCCGCAGCUGGAGUGCGUCUCCAACUGUGAUCGUCGUCUUUCACCAGCAGCAUGGAACAAGGGCCACACCAGGGCACCUUGGGCGGCCGUGGUGAAACCGACUUCAGCCGUCACCUGGUGGCGGACACAAUAGCAGCGGUCACAUCGGCAGCCAUCAUCGCCCCCAUCAUAACCGCCACGGACAGGUCCGUCGUGGAGAGUGUAUCAACAUCAAGCCCGCUACUCAGGGCUCUGGCCAAGAAUCUCCUCUGUCCAUUCACCCACCCGCGUCGCUUCUUCGCGACCAAGCCCGUCUUUGUGGUGUGGACCCUUUACGCGGCCACAUAUCUCACGGCCAACGUCACAGAGACGGUGUGUGAGAAGUACUUCGCGGUCGAGAAGGCCCUGACGGGGACCAUCGUCUCCUCGGCCGUGUUCAUAGUCAACACGCCCCUCGGCGUUUGGAAAGACGUCCGCUUCUCACAGAUCUUCAGCUCGCCCCACGGGCCCCAGGCGGCCAAGAUAUCACGCGCUGCGGCGCAGACCGGGGCGGGAAGCCACAAGGCCAUCUCGCCUCAACCUGCAGCACCGAGGAAGAUGCCCACCUCCGCCACGGCGGCAUUCCUCGUGCGCGACAUCAUCACUGUCUUCGGCUCCUUUGCCCUCGCGCCACAGGUCUCGGCCAUCAUCCCGGACUCACUCGCCCACACAGCCCAGGCCAAGGCCUCCGCGUCCCAGCUGCUCGUCCCCGCGCUGACCCAGGUCGUGGCCACGCCCGUGCACCUUCUUGCACUGGAUAUUUACGGCCGCCCCGGGCGUCAGGGGUUCGCGGAGCGCGCUCGCAAGACGCGGGAGAAACUUGCCUCAACCACCGUCAUGCGUGCAUUCCGGCUCGUCCCGGCGUUUGGGUUUGGGGUCAUCUUCAAUAAUCACAUGCGCUCCUCUCUUAGAAGCAAGAGUACUCAAGAAGAUGGAGCCGGGAAAUGAUGAUCACGAACAAUUGGCCAAUGCCUGGCUUGGCCAGGGUGCCCAGCAGCCGCUGAUGUUGGCUAUGAAUGGGCUGGGUACAGAAGCAUGAAAUUUCUUAAUUGGAACCAGCAGACAGUUGAUUUGAUAUAUGGUUAUGUGCUCAGAAGGCGAUUGGAAAGGACAAGUAAAAGGGGCUCAAGGUAUCCUUGUGGCAGCAGUAUGUUGUGGGCACAGGCACACCCAUAGAUAUUAGAUUCUCAUCAAGACCAUGCUACCGAUACAUAA